GUGAACAUGAAGAAAACUCACUCAGGCACGAGGAAGACACAGAACCUUCUUCCUGCAAGGCAUAACAGGCCAACCAACCCGUUUCUUUAGUUUAAUUAUAAAUUCCUGAUUUUACUGGCCAGACCGGGACAGCUGGAGAUGAACAGGAAGAAGCAACUCCUUUCCAAAUUUUGGUGCAACAGAUUGUCCAGGAGCCCUGAAUACUGGAUUGGAAAACGUCUGCAGCCUUUUGAGACCCUAGACGUGACGUUGAAGUUUUGAUGUGAUGGUGAGCAUGUCCGAUGGACGACACGCUGAAGAUUCCUGCUGGUUGACUGGCCAGCUGCUUCAGGAAACUUCUGUGAACUCCUCUUUGAAAUAUCUGGAUUUUCCAGCGAAGGAAUUGCACAGAGACUCUUUCUUACCUUGGUGGUGCAGAGUUGCAGGACUGAAUGUGAUCCAGGCAUUUUGUAGAGGUGAUUCGCUGUUAUCUGGAGCUGGAGGUCAGCUCAUCGAUGCAAUGAUUAACCUGAGAGCGAGCACAGAGAGGGUAAAGAGCGUCUCCGAGGGUUCAGUCAGCCUCUGUCCUGCCAGCAGGAAGGAAACCCUCCGAUAGCCCACCGAUCCACAGGUUUUCUGCUCCCACACCAAUGGACGACAUUUUUGACCUGAGUCCCACAGCGGCGGUGAAACGAGUGUCCUCCUUGCUGGGCUGCAGUCCGACCUCAGAGAAAGUAGCCGAUUACUUUGACGAACAUGACAAACUGCGGCACCUCAGAGAAAACUUCCUGGUGCCCAAAAUCGCAGAUUUGCCCCCCACUGAUCGCUCUCUGGUGGACGGGAGCCAAGAAUGCAUCUACCUGUGUGGAAACUCGUUGGGUCUGCAACCCAAAAAUGCACGGAAAUAUCUGGAGGAGGAGCUGGACAACUGGGCUAAGAUAGCUAUUCAUGGUCACACUGUCGGCUCGCGGCCUUGGGCGUGGGCGGAAAACAACAUUGAAGACUCUAUGGCGAAUAUUGUUGGAGCUAAAAGUGGGGAGGUCGCGCUGAUGAACGGCCUGACGGUUAAUCUGCAUCUCCUAAUGCUGUCCUUCUACAAACCAACUCCAACUAGACACAAAAUCCUUCUGGAGAGCAAAGCCUUCCCUUCAGAUCAUUACGCCAUCGAGUCUCAGAUCCGCCUGCGAGGAUUUUCCCCUGAGAGCAGCAUGCUGAUGCUGUCUCCCAGACCAGGUGAAGACACCCUGAGAACUGAGGACAUCCUGGACGUCAUCGAGAAAGAAGGCGACGUCAUCGCCAUGGUGAUGUUGCCCGGGGUUCAGUACUACACUGGUCAACUGUUUGACAUGCACGCCAUCACCAAGGCUGGCCACAAAAAGGGCUGUUUUGUUGGAUUUGACUGCGCCCAUGCAGUGGGAAACGCAGAUCUGAAGCUGCAUGACUGGGAUGUUGACUUUGCCUGCUGGUGCUCCUAUAAGUAUCUGAAUUCCGGUGCUGGCGGCCUCGCCGGGGCGUUCAUUCACGAAAAACAUAAAGACACCAUCAAACCAGCACUGUUAGGGUGGUGGGGUCAUGACCUGGCAACUCGCUUUAGGAUGACCAACGUGAUGGAGCUGCAGCCCGGAGUGAGCGGCUUCAGACUCUCAAAUCAACCCAUUCUUCUCGUCUGCCCUCUACAGGCCAGCUUAGAAGUGUUUAACAUGGCGAGCAUGCAGUCGCUGCGGAGGAAGUCUGUACUCCUGACCGGGUACCUGGAGUACCUGAUAAAGGAGUAUUACACAGAGGACCCGGCCCAGCCUCAUAAAGCCUAUGUCCGAAUCCUCACGCCCUCUGACCCCCAGCAGAGAGGCUGCCAGCUGUCGCUCUCUUUCUCCAUCCCGAUCCGGAGAGUCUUCCAGGAGCUGGAGAAGAGAGGAGUGGCUUGUGACAUGAGAGAGCCCAGCGUGCUGCGAAUAGCUCCGGUGCCGCUCUACAACUCCUUCAGGGAUGUGCAUCGCUUCAUUGAAACACUGGGAAAAGCUCUGGCUGCCAGCAGCAGCUAGACCCAAAACGAGAAGAAAACAAAUUCAGCAACCUCAUCAAACCCUGUGUGCUGCAAAGUACUGUUGAUAUGCAACCAUCUUGUCAAUGACAUAUCAAAGUGUCAUAAACCAAUGAUAAAACACCUGA